GGAAGUGAAAGCGGAGGGCUGAUGAGUAGCUGUAGUGCUGGAAUCUGUCGGCAACAUUUGCGCUCAGCGGCGGAUUUCAGGUGUACAAAAUGGACACGUUAAAUAAAUUGAAGCAGUUUGACGCCUAUCCCAAAACUCUGGAGGAUUUCCGAGUGAAGACAUGGGGAGGAGCGACCGUGACCAUCAUCAGCGGCGUCAUCAUGUUAAUCCUGUUUGUCUCCGAGCUGCAGUACUAUCUCACUAAAGAGGUUCACCCUGAGCUGUACGUGGACACAUCGAGGGGAGACAAACUUCAAAUAAACAUCGAUGUCAUCUUCCCCCACAUGCCCUGCGCCUAUCUGAGUAUCGAUGCGAUGGACGUGGCGGGUGAGCAGCAGCUGGACGUUGAACACAAUCUGUUCAAGCAGCGGCUGGACAAAGACUUCAAACCUGUCACAGACGAGGCAGAGAAACACGAGCUGGGUAAGGCUGACGAUGGUGAAGUGUUUGACCCCAGCACGCUGGAUCCAAACAGAUGUGAGAGCUGCUACGGAGCCGAGACCGAAGACCUCAAAUGCUGUAACACUUGCGAUGACGUGCGAGAGGCGUACCGGCGGCGAGGCUGGGCGUUUAAGAACGCAGACACCAUCGAGCAGUGUAAGAGGGAGGGCUUCUCGCAGAAGAUGCAGGAGCAGAAGAACGAAGGCUGCCAGGUUUACGGUGUCCUGGAGGUCAACAAGGUCGCUGGAAAUUUCCACUUUGCUCCAGGAAAGAGUUUCCAGCAGUCUCAUGUUCAUGUGCACGCUGUGGAAAUUCACGACCUGCAGAGCUUCGGUUUAGACAACAUAAACAUGACUCACCUGAUAAAACACCUGUCGUUUGGGAGAGACUACCCGGGCAUCGUUAACCCUCUGGACGGGACCGACGUCACAGCGCAACAAGCAUCAAUGAUGUACCAGUAUUUUGUGAAGAUUGUUCCGACCAUCUACAUGAAAACCGACGGAGAGGUGGUAAAAACAAACCAGUUCUCAGUCACCCGACAUGAGAAAGUGGCCAACGGGUUAAUAGGCGACCAGGGGCUGCCCGGCGUGUUUGUUUUAUACGAGCUGUCACCCAUGAUGGUGAAAUUCACAGAGAAACACAGAUCAUUCACACACUUCUUGACAGGAGUUUGUGCCAUUAUCGGAGGUGUUUUUACAGUGGCCGGUCUAAUCGACUCGCUCAUCUACCACUCGGCUCGGGUCAUCCAGAAGAAGAUAGAGCUGGGAAAGGCGUCCUAACAGCACCCCCUGCUGGCUCCCAAGGUGCAACACAGACCAAGACACGGACACAGAGACACAAAGACAGAGAGAAGAGGGACAAGGCUGGAAUCAGAGGCAGCAGUUUGUAUAUCUGUCACUCAAUCUGACAGACAAACGACAAAACUGAAUGAAAACAAAGAAACAGAGAGGUUUUACAUCAGUAAACUUUUUUUUUAAUGCCUCUUUUGUGUUUUUGCACCCUCACGGGGACUUAUGAUUUUUUUGCUUUCCGCUGAGGAAAUCGAUGCCAACAGGUCGGAGUGAAAUUAAGACAUUACAGAGAAACUUUUGGAGAUUCAAUUUGAGCAGAGAAGAAGAUUUUUACAUCGACUCAGACCCGGCCUCGAUGCUUUUCAUGGAAGGACGAUUUAUUUUUCCUCGCUCAUGUUUCUCAUCCCGCAUCAUCGCUGCUCAGUUUGCUUCUGUGAAUGUUUGGUGAGAGGACGGGUGGUCGACCCGUCAGGUGAGGAUGCUCGGGCACAAUGGAGACCCUUUUAAAGGAGUACGUCACUUAAAUUAGGCCUUUUGAGAUAUGUAAAAAAAAAAAAAAAUCAAUACCGAUAAACUUUGCUGAAUUGAUAAAUAAAUAUUUUUUACAUAAUAUGAAUUGAUCAUGGUGCCAGUUUGGAAAGUAUUCUACUGAAUAAAUGACACAAUGGUGUGUUUUUAAGAAGCCAGAAAGCGAGAGUUGAUCUGCAUACUAAACUAGCAGACGAUGGUUCGAUUUCUUUCGUCCAGUCAGCCUUUCCUCCCCGCCUCGUUAAGCUUUCUUCACCAGCAGCUUCUAGUAAUUCAAAGCCAAUUAAAAGCUCCUCCUCCAAAAUUAUGAAGCCACUUUCCAACGCCCGUUUUUUUUUUUUUUUUUUUAAAUGGAUGCCCCCACUGAAAAAGAUUCAGACAGGAAGUGACCUCUAAAGCUGUUUUCACACACGCACUCCUGAAAAAUUCCAAGAAAAUGUCAGCACAGUCAAACUGUUUUCACAUAAUGCACUCCUGAAAUCACAACAUCAGCAAAAGAGUGGAGAAGAACAUACUGGAGAACAGAAAACAUAAUGCAGCCGUUUAAUUAGAGCACGGAAAUCGUAGUGGCCGCGUGCAGACACUUUAUUCACCGUGCAGCAGUCACAGUAUAUAAACGUCACUCCCCCCCUCCUAUUGGCUCGAGGUGAAUUCUCCAGAGAAUAUCCUGCUGCGUUCUCACAUAGGCUCACUCGGACUUGCUGCAGGAAAAAUACUGGGAGUCUGGCAGGAGAAAAUCUAAGUAACGUCCGGCUGUUUGCGUUCACACAUGCAGCUCCUCCUCCGAGUUUUUCAGGAGUUUUCUGAAAGUGUGAAAGCUCUAUCAGCUUCUGAGAUCUUCCUUUGAUGCGUAUUCACACCUGUCCCUUGUAGUGUGAAGUUUUCCCUGUCAGAUGGGGAGAGAGGAGCUCUCAGGAGGCAGGGCAUGACUAUUAAAAGGACGCCACAGAAAUCCAAGAUGGCCGACGAAACGCAGAAUCCGAAAAGUAGUAUGAUAUAUGUAUAUAUAUAUUCACAGUAAGGAUGAGAGAUAAAGAGCAUCUGGUGAGAGUACGAAGAAACUUCACUACGUUCAAACCGGCCGUCUAACGUUUGCAGGAUAUAAACGUCAUCAGCUCGCUCGCUCACGGUGAAUUUAACUGAAUAUGCUGCGCUCACAAGUUAACAGGGACCUCCUGUUAGUGUUCACACACGCAGCUGAUCCUGAACAUUUCUGGACGUUUUCAGGAGUUUUGUGCGCGAGUGUGAAAACAAAGUGAUGCUUGUUUUCACUUUUUCCUGGAUGUGACGAUGCAGAGACUCGGUCAUGUGACUCCUCAUAUGACUCUUCCUCUCCGUGUUGUGCAUUCAUGAGUGUAAAUGUGACACAGAAACGUCUGCCACUGCCUCAGAGAGAACCUGAAACAACCAGAGUCUGUGUAAAAAAAAAACAAAAAAAAAAACUGCUUUUUGUUAAUGUAGGUCAAAGGGCUUCUUCUGUUCUUCUUCUUCUUCUGUCUCUUUGUGUGUGUGCCGGGAUCACAGCACUAACCCUGUAGGACUGCGCUGAAGCCAUGUGCUUCUGUUUAGUAUUUUUAUGAUUCCGUCUGUGGAUGUGGGGAAUCUUUUAAAAAAAAAGGAUCAUAACACAACCGGCUCCUUUCACGUUGCUCCUCCUCGACGUUCAAAGCGUCAUCAGCAUCCGAAAGUAAAUGAGAGGGAGCUCGGCAGGAAGCCUCAAAAAACCACAAAAAAGACGGCCGUGUGAAUGUCGUCUUGCCUCUGGAUUUAUUCCUGACUCAUGUGUCGAGUCACCAGAUGAGAGCCAGAUGUUUUCUCUACAGUUUGAUGUCGACCACUUUGUGUGUAUUUUAAACCUCCCCAGGUGUGAGGCGGACAGAAACAGACUCAGGCGGACGACGUCAGUGGUUAAGAAGAUUAUUCUUUUGGUGGUUUUGCAUGUUUUUGGUUGGCUGUUAAUUACAAAUCAGACACAGUGAAUACCCUGAACCACUUUUAUAAUUUAAAACAGAUUUAAAAAAAAAAACACAUUUACAGGUUUGAACUUGCUUCAAAUUGGGGUCAAGAGUCGGUGAGUCAUUGGAAUUUGUGCUCACUCGUACAUCAAGGACUAAAAAUGAUGGUUGAAUAAAAAUCUUAUCUUCACAGAAAGCAGCCGAACGUGGAUUAGUACGACUACAAAAUAAGGAAUACAUUUAUUUAUAGAGCAGCUUUUAAAACGGGUGUUUACAAAGCAAAGGCAGGAAGUCAGGACAGUAACUGAAUAAACAUUGACAGUCAGGCCGAACAAAGUAAAGUCUACAAAAAUAAAAAAAUAAUGCAAAUAAAAGGAAGAAUAAAGAUCCAACAGGCAGCUCUCAAAGACACUUAAAGCGACACAACUAACGUCCCGUAUCUCCAGCUGAAACGGGAUAGGACCAAUCAAACAAGUAAGGAGGUGGGGCUUAACGUUGGGAGGAAUUUGAUUGGAUCUUUAGCUUCAACAAAGCUUUUUAAUUUAAUCUCAUGUCGGUCUCAGACUGGGCAGGCAAGAAUGCCACCCCCUGACCACGCCCCCUGACCACGCCCCUGCCGUCACAAGGUGUCCUUUCUUUGCUUACUGUGUAUCUUUGUGUUUUAUGUAUGCAGUUUCACUAUUCUUGAAUGCAGUACUCGGAAAAUAUGUUUGAUAAGAGGAAAAUAAUCCAAUGUAGAUUUAGUUUAACCACCUGAGAAUCAAACUAACACCAGAAAAUUAAACACACAUUGAUUUUCAGAGUUCAGAGGUCAUUUAAAAAGUAAUAUUUCACAAAGAAAAAUCUGCAAAACCACCAUUUGCAUGAUCAGAGAUGAUGCAAAUCUCUUGUCAAUCAAUCCAAGUCGACAGGACUCCAUGUUUGGAUGUUUCCCCGCUCGUCUGUCUCUCUGUUCGCAGCUUAAGAAAACCAGAACCAUGAGACGGAUCACUUCCUGUCCACUUCCUGUCCACUUCCUGCGAGGUUUUUGUGCCACAUUUAUUCAGAUGUCACAGUUUGGUGCUGAAAGUGCAAAAUCUGAAGAGACGUUUGAUUUGAGCGUCUUCAUCAUGGGAGGUUUUUUAAAGAUUACUGCCAGGAAGUGAUAGAAGCUCAUGCUGUUUUGCAGAUUCAACGUUUUCUUCAUUAUUUUUGGGGAGUGUUCCGGCUGUAAAGAGACUCGCUAAAUGAUCUGAUAUUUCUUCUCUGUGUGUUUAAAACGCUUCUGCUAUCCGAAUGAUGACGAUGCAGUUUCUGAUUAUGAACGUUUCUGAUGAUUCAGUCGAUGUUGGAGGUUGAUUGUUGCACCUUUUGACCUCGAAAUCAGGGGCAGGGGUUGUGAGUGUGUGUGAGUGUGUGUGUGUGUGUGUGUGUGUGUGUGUGUGUGUGGGUGUGUGCGAGGGGUUGUGUGGACGAGUGAGUGAGAGAGAGAGAGAGAGAGAGAGAUGUAUUUAUAUUUUGAUUGUCCUCGAAUCGUUUUUAAAAUGACAGAAAAUAAAUGUUGAAUACACCAGC